AUGACGUACGCGGCUAACAUCAAGAAAAACUGUUUCAUAGCCGAAACAGAGGAUAACUUCAGAAACAGCUCUUCCUGUUUCUUGUGAAGCCUGGACUUAAAUUGUUGAGCACCGGGGAGUGUGAACGACCUACGGUCUCAGCUGUCCUGCUCACAUUCGAGGACCGAAGAAACCUAGCCGUGCUUCUAAGUGUAGCUAACCUAAAGUGCCGUAGGUAGAAAGCUAGCUGUUAGCUAGCUAGCGAGCAAGAGAAAGUCAACAGCACUUCAUCAUUAAACAGAGCGCUCAUCGACUGUCAAUAUGGAGAAUAAAUAUAACCUCAAGAGUCCAGCGGUCAAGAGGCUGAUGAAAGAGGCUGCUGAACUGAGGGAUCCCACAGAGCACUACCAUGCCCAGCCACUGGAAGAUAACCUCUUUGAAUGGCACUUCUCUGUACGUGGGCCACCAGAUUCUGAUUUCGAUGGUGGGGUUUACCAUGGCAGGAUCGUACUUCCCCCAGAGUACCCCAUGAAGCCCCCCAGCAUCAUCCUCCUCACACCAAAUGGAAGAUUCGAAGUUGGGAAGAAGAUUUGUCUGAGCAUCUCUGGCCACCAUCCAGAAACCUGGCAGCCCUCUUGGAGCAUCCGAACCGCCCUAAUUGCUAUAAUUGGAUUCAUGCCAACAAAAGGAGAGGGAGCAAUAGGAUCUCUUGAUUAUACCCCAGAAGAGAGGAGAGCCCUUGCCAAAAAGUCCCAGGACUUCUGCUGCGAGGCGUGCGGCUGCUCCAUGCGCUCUGCCCUCCUGGCCCUGACCCCCAAUAGCAACCCCAGUGCCGAGGACCACAAGGCUAAAGAACUGGCCCAGCAAAUCAACUUCAAGGCAGAGUCCAGUUUAUCAAGACAGGCAAGUGAGAGCAGAGGUACAGAGAGCGAGCCUUCCACAGUCACCCAGAGUGAAACCUCCACGUCUGCUGGCAGGGAAGCUGCUGAUGGUCCCCAGGCUGAACAGGCAGAGGCGUCUCCAGCAACAGGAUUAGAGUUGCCCCAGGCCCCUGCGGCCCCCGGCACCGGUCGCCCUCUCAGCCCCCGGCAGCGUCGCGCCCAGCAGCACAGCCAACAGGAGCAGAGAGACGGCAGAGAUCCUGCCAGCAGGCCGGCCUUCGCCCCGCCCCCUCGCCAACCUCAGGAGGAAAGCCACGCAGGCUCGGCAGUCCUCAUCGUGGUGCUCACUCUGGCCCUGGCCGCUCUCAUCUUCCGCAGGAUCUACCUUGCUCAAGAGUACAAGUUUGACUACGAGCUGUGACCAACUAGGCCGCACCCCCACCGCACCCUCCUGCUACCGCCCUAACGGAACUAUGACCCGCUGAAGUGGAACUAGAGCCGAGGCAGUGUCUGGCACUGACUUUCUGCCCUCCCUGCUCGUCAGCAGAGUCAGUUCAGUCUCCGCUGAGGAGGAACUUUCACUCCUGCAGAGGAGUUGCUCUACUCACCACAACACCUGAAGGGGGUCUUUUAAUCAUUGUGAAUUUUCUCCUCGGAGAACCAUGUAUUGUUAAAAACGGGAAGCUUUGUUGUGUUUGUGAUCAGUUCAGCAGCGACACACACGCCACAUGUCCCCUUCCAUAUAAUUGUUGUUUAUCCUAGGGCUGCCGCGUGUUCCCAUUAUUUAAUUAUAACUGUAAUAUAAUACAUCAACAACAUAGCAUUAUGGGGGAUUUUUGUCUCAAGGUAAUUAUUUAAUGGUGGAAGUAAAUGCAACGAGUAUAUGUGCUAUAAUGACUUCCUCUUUACGUGUUUUAAUUUCCUACGAGGUCAGUCACACCAUACAGGGCUCCAUUUAAUGAUGCAAGUGCAGCAACUGCUGUGUGGGCGUCUUCAAGUCCUCCAGCUAUUUUGGUUCAUAUGGAUGUGAUUGUCUUGGUAGUGAAGUCUUCAUUCUACUCUCUCUCACAGUGUCGCAAAGGGUCACAUCGUAUUGUAAUUAAUGUGAUGUGUAUGUGAUGCAUUUGAAGAAUAUAACAUGAAUUGCCCCGGCAGUUUAAAAAGUAGAACUGGUGGCAGCGAUGCACAGGAUGGAUGAGCCCUGUUAUUCUGACAGCGCCCACAUAAACAGGCAGAAUGCUGGGUUAUAACCGAGCAGUCUGAUGUGUGCAGAGGUGUGUGUGUGGCAGCACCUUUCAAAUCAGAGGCUGCAGAUUUAUUAACAUAUGUGCCCUGCUGCCUUCAUAUGGCUGCAGGGAUUUAAUGAACGAAAGGAGAAGCUUUAUAGCAUAAAGCAGUUGUGGACAGAUAAUGUAAGAAUCACUCAUAUUCAUUUACUAACAUUCAUGUGUUACACCAUGCUGUGUGACCAUCGUGAUGGGUGACUGCAGACGUGCUGUUACAGGGAUGUUCUCACACUUUGUAGUAGUGAGAAGUCGAGAACGUGCCUUGAGGUCACAGUUUCUGGCACAGGUACUUGGCCUCCUUGUAUAAACUGACAUCACCAAACAAUCUGCCAGUGGUAAACCUGGAAGUCAAACAAAAACAUGCUGCAUACAAGCUCUGUCAGGUCCUCACUGUUCCUCUCACUUCUUUUAGAGACUCAAUUAAAUUAAACAUUUAACAGCAACACUUGUAGAAGUGUGACAGCAUCCUUGCAACAGCUCCUCCCGCAGUCAUACAUUAAAGGGAAAUUCCACCAUUUUUACUCAUCAAAGUCUGUUACCAGGAGCUGGGGAGCCACUCUGCGUAUGUGAAGCAUGUAGUAGAAAGUGUUGUGAGUCUCCAGAGGGAGCUGUGUGAAGUCUGAUUAAUGUUCUCAAGGAUGUCACUUGAGUCAGGAUCGGUUGGGGUGCAAGUCUGCAAGUUUGAAAAUGGGAACAAAAUCUGGGUGUGUGGAGUCAGAGGGAGGUGGUCUCACCAGACCUCUGUAGCCCACUCCUCACUGUGAUGGAGGCUAGAGGCUCCAGGCUACAUUAGCCGCUAGCAUAACUCCACACACCCCAAUCUCCAACUGACAACUGUUGGCAGUCAAGUUGCAUUGUGAGUAAUUUAGGUGCCAGGUGUUGACAAGGAAGAAUGUGUGGAAUAAAAAAACAGUGUCUCUGGUUCUGCUGCAUCGAUUUUAAUGCUUUGUUGUAAAACCGUCCAUUGUGAGUCUGACAGUGUUACAGGACUGUCAUGAUAAAUCGGUGGAGUACUCUUUUAAGGUGGUCACACACCUGCUGUAAUCACAUUAAAAUGUCUUUUUUUUAAAGCUAAUUUAAAUGCGUCUGCUGGUUGGAGGGCUUUAAUUAAAAUUGUUUAUUUGCAGUUUUAAGCAUUGUUUUAUUUUUACAGGAAGUUCCUAGUAUUUAGUUUGCUCUUGUGCAGCUCGUGUAGUGGAUUUGCUCUGAAGACAGACGUGGUUCUGAGAUGUGUGCGCAACUUCUACAACCCAAUUUCCAAGUUCUCAAAAAUACCAACUACUAGCUUUGUACUGCUUCAUUUAAAUGAAACUCCCACCUGUGCUGGGCACAAAAAUCCCAAAGGUCAGUAAAAUACCAGACUGUCAGCUCGCGUCUGGCACUGGUUGUUGUGCUUCCAGUGACGUACAGCCCACAGUGUUAUAAUUCCCAGCAGUCCUGUGAAGGAAAUAAGUUGACUGAUCCAGCAUCGACUAAAUGCAGCAUGUUUACUGGAGUGCAGCAAGAGGGCAUGCUGCUUUGAACUGUCAUCACCAUGGCAACGUUUACUGGUGAGAUAAUUUUAGGGAUUAUUUCCACAAGUAAACAUGACUCUGGUUUUCAGAAAACAGUCAACUGUCUGUAUGCUUUCAGCACAAGAGGGAUGCAUUGGAUUUGUACUCUGAUUGUGGUUCACACCCACAGAAGAGUUUAUUUUAUUUGAAUCAGAAACUCAUUUUUCUGUGGGCACUGUAAUCCCAUUCAGUCGUAUCCCCAGCACCCCCCACCCCCCCUCACUGCCUCUCUCCAUGACUCUCCUGCUGUUUCAUGCUAUUCCCACCACAUCCCUGUGCAUUAAUCUCUUGUCUGGCUUGCAUUCUGAAGCUGUAUGCAAACAAACCCCCCCCCAAACACUGUCUUACGUUUACCCUCUUUGAUAUACUUUGAGUAGGGCUUUAUCACUCUGAUGAGACUUGGAAGAACUGGGAAGCAAUUUAAAUUCACUCUUUGCACAUCGUAGCUGACGCCUUUCGACAUGUACAGCAACUUGGCAGCAUACAAAUAGCUCUGAGGCAGUCGGAGCAGUCUACCUGUUCUACCUGGGGAACAAAUCUGUCUCUGUAGUUUAUCUUUUAUUUGAGCAACAUCUUAUACCUGCAUAUGUCCAGGUAUUACUUGAAGGCAGCAGAGAUUCUGUCUGAAUAUCCAUGUUGUCAGAAUCUCUCCAUAUCUGUCACUUCAGUUAUUGUGCCCAAGGCUGGUGUCGUGGGAUAUAAACAGAAAAUAAACUGCUUGA